GGCUCUAGUCUUCCUGCAGGCGGCGCGGGAGGAACGGGUGGUUUGAGGGGCCGGGCGGGCGGAUCCCUUUCUCUCCCAAUGUGAUCCGUGUCCCGAGCCCCCGUCAGGCGAAGGCUGCCUAGAAAGGUGGAAACGGUGGUGCGGGAACAUGAGGCAGUGUCUCCUCUUCCUGACCAGCUUAGUUCCUUUCGUGCUGGCGCGGCGACCUCCGGACGAGCCGGGCUUGGGCUCCCCGCGGCGACUCGAGGAGCUUGAUUCUUUGCUCUCAGACUACGACAUCCUCUCUCUCUCCAACAUCCGUCAGCACUCAGUGAGAAAGAGAGACCUGCAGGCUUCCACACAUUUAGAAACACUACUAACUUUUUCAGCGUUGAGAAGGCAUUUUAAAUUAUACCUGACAUCAAGCACUGAACGCUUUUCCCAAAAUUUCAAAGUCGUGGUGGUAGAUGGUAAAGAGGAAAGCGAGUACCACGUCAGGUGGCAAGACUUCUUCAGCGGACAUGUGGUCGGUGAACCUAACUCUAGGGUUCUAGCCCAUGUAGGAGAUGAUGAUAUUACAAUAAGGAUCAACACAGAUGGGGCAGAAUAUAAUAUAGAGCCACUUUGGAGACUAAUUAACGAUACGAAAGACAAAAGAAUGUUAGUUUAUAAAUCUGAAGAUAUCAAGAAUGUUUCACGUUUGCAGUCUUCGAAAGUGUGUGGUUACAUAAAGGUGGACAAUGAAGAUUUGCUUCCAGAAGGGCUGAUAGACAGACAGCCCCAUGAUGAGCGUGCUCAUCGGGCGAAGAGAAGAGCGGAGCCUCACUCCCUGAAGAACACGUGUAAAUUGCUGGUGGUGGCGGACCAUCGCUUUUACAGACACAUGGGCCGUGGGGAGGAGAGCACCACCACCAACUACUUAAUAGAGCUGAUUGACAGAGUUGAUGACAUCUAUCGGAACACUUCAUGGGACAACGCAGGUUUUAAAGGCUAUGGAAUACAGAUAGAGCAGAUUCGCAUUCUCAAGUCUCCACAAGAGGUAAAACCUGGUGAAAGGCACUAUAAUAUGGCAAAAAGUUACCCAAAUGAAGAAAAGGACGCAUGGGAUGUGAAGAUGUUGCUUGAGCAAUUUAGCUUCGAUAUAGCUGAAGAGGCAUCCAAAGUCUGCCUAGCGCACCUUUUCACAUACCAGGACUUCGAUAUGGGGACUCUCGGGUUAGCUUACGUUGGUUCUCCCAGAGCAAACAGUCACGGAGGAGUCUGUCCGAAGGCUUAUUAUAGCCCGAUCGGAAGGAAAAAUAUCUAUUUGAACAGUGGUUUGACCAGCACAAAAAAUUAUGGUAAAACCAUCCUUACAAAGGAAGCUGACCUGGUUACCACUCAUGAAUUGGGGCACAAUUUUGGAGCGGAGCAUGAUCCGGACGGUCUAGCAGAAUGUGCCCCAAACGAGGACCAGGGAGGGAAGUUCGUCAUGUACCCCAUAGCUGUGAGUGGAGACCAUGAGAACAAUAAGAUGUUCUCAAACUGCAGCAAGCAGUCCAUCUACAAGACCAUCGAGAGCAAGGCCCAGGAGUGCUUCCAGGAGCGCAGCAACAGGGUGUGCGGGAACUCCCGGGUGGACGAGGGGGAGGAGUGCGACCCCGGCAUCAUGUACCUGAACAACGACACCUGCUGCCACAGCAACUGCACGCUGAAGGAGGGCGUCCAGUGCAGUGACAGGAACAGCCCAUGCUGCAAAAACUGCCAGUUUGAGACUGCCCAGAAGAAGUGCCAGGAGGCCAUUAAUGCCACGUGCAAAGGCGUGUCGUACUGCACAGGUAACAGCAGUGAGUGCCCCCCUCCCGGGGAUGCCGAGGACGACACGGUGUGCUUGGACCUAGGCAAGUGCAAGGAUGGGAAGUGCGUCCCCUUCUGUGAGAGGGAGCAGCAGCUGGAGUCCUGUGCGUGUAACGAGACGGACAACUCGUGCAAGGUGUGCUGCAGGGACCUCACGGGCCGGUGUGUGCCCUACGUCGACGCUGAACAGAAGAACCUGUUUUUGAGGAAAGGGAAGCCCUGUACAGUAGGGUUUUGUGACAUGAAUGGCAAAUGCGAGAAACGCGUCCAGGAUGUCAUUGAGCGCUUUUGGGACUUCAUCGACCAGCUGAGCAUCAAUACGUUCGGGAAGUUUUUAGCAGACAACAUUGUCGGCUCCGUCCUGGUUUUCUCCUUGAUAGUCUGGAUCCCUUUCAGCAUCCUUGUCCAUUGUGUGGAUAAGAAAUUGGAUAAGCAGUAUGAAUCUCUGUCUCUGUUCCACCCCAGUAAUGUUGAAAUGCUGAGCAGCAUGGAUUCGGCGUCGGUGCGCAUCAUCAAACCCUUUCCUGGGCCGCAGACCCCGGGCCGCCUCCAGCCGCUGCAGGCUGUCUCCGUGCCGCCGUUGGUGCCUGCGGCUGCGAAGCUGGACCACCAGCGGAUGGACACGAUCCAGGAAGACCCCAGCACAGACUCGCACGUGGAUGAGGACGGCUUUGAGAAGGACCCCUUCCCCAGCAGCAGCACAGCUGCCAAGUCCUUUGAGGACCUCACGGACCAUCCGGUCACUAGGAGUGAGAAGGCCUCGUCGUUUAAGCUGCAGCGGCAAAAUCGUGUCGACAGCAAAGAAACCGAGUGCUAGUUCAGGGAUCGGCGUCCUGAGCUCUUUGACCUACCAGAGUGUGCAAAGUAUUUUUAUAGAUUUGACCUAAAAUCACUCAUAGAUUUUUGUGAAGAUUUGGGAGGAACCAGGAAGUGACUUCCAGCAGGCGCUGGUCAUGUGUCUGGACACCCUUUGCGCACACACCUGUGUGAUUAGGCCCUUUUCCGUGUGAACAGGUAAGGUGAAUCUGGCUUGUUUUGAGGCUUUCAGGUUUUAGUGUUUUGUUUAAAAUGUCCUUCAACCUGUGGUGCAAAAGCAGAAUAUACAGCUGGAUCACAUUCUAAGUAUUUACAUUUUUGUAAAUUAACCUUUUAUACAGACAAUAGCACUGAGUACAGAGACGCUGCUUUCUCUCCCAUACCAGUGUGAUGGAAGCGAGGGGGCGGUGUUCAGCGGUUAUUUGUGAGGACAACUGGAACGCAGGGUAAUUUAUUUUUUUGCCUUCAAGUAAAGGAGGAGAUAAAACCGAGUCGUGUGUUAUCUCCACAAUGUAGGUAGUUCCUAGGUGUUACCCAGAGCUCCCACCAGCAGGGAGAAUGACAUCUAAAUUCAGGAAUAAUUUGCGAUAAUCCUUAGAAUUAAGUCUAAGGUUAGUACUUUCUAGAAUUAAAACAAUCGGUUUACAGUGAGAGUUCCAAAGAGUAGCCCGCCUAAGGACAGAAUCCUGCCUGCGCUUUCGGGCCCUAAUUUGCUGGGCAGUUUUUCUGUGUUUUGUAAGCAUCUUCAUGUAUCUCUAAUACUGUUGCUUAAAAAACUCACAAAACCUAAACUACUUCAGAGUAAGAGUACAGUCACCUUUUUCAAACACUAGUGGCCAAGAGGAUGUGUGAGCUGUUUGUCGCCAUGAGGACAGGUGGCGGCCACGGGCCGAGCCAAGGAGAGAUGGGCAGGCCAGGGAGGGAAUGCCGCCUCCCUUGGGCCUAGGGCUUUGUUUCUACGCAAGUGAUUCUUUCAAACCCCUGGUGCUGACCCGCAAGUGCUGUUUGCAUUACUUCCUGCUUUAGUGCCUCAGGAUUCUGGAUGGCGUGCAUUUACUGUGUGAAGGAUAAGUCAUCAGAUGGAAUUCUGAUUUCCUUAAAAUUAUAGUUCAAAGCUUUUUCCUUGGAAGUCCUGAAAUGUGCUCACUAGCCAACACAUUUAAAUGAGAAAAUGUAUAAACUUCAAGGGCAAUUAACCAAACCUGUGACAAAUGGUGUCUUUUUCCCUAAGGACGUUUGUUAGCAGGUACCUGUUACACUAAUACUUGAACUUGUACCUUGUGGUAUUUGCUAUUUUUAACUGGUUACAAUAUUCUUAUGUCUUAAGUUACACUUUUGGAACCUGAUGUAAGGUGUGUGGGUGUAUGUCUGAGUGAACCAGUUGCUAGCUGAAUGUAAGGAAAUCAUUUUUUAUAAAAUUGACUUUAUAAAAAACAGAACUGUCUUUACC